AUGAUGAUGGCCGAACAAUCAAAAUCAGGAGCUCGCAAUAAGAACAAGAACAAAGUAGAUGUCGAGCCAGAUUCUAAUCGAAUUACUCCACGAACAAAAGUGAAAUCUGAUGUGUUUAUGUUAAAAAGAGAGCCUAUACAUGAUACUAGCGCGACAACUGUUGCGCCAACGACAACUACUUAUGCGCCUAGAACAACACAAUCCGAACCAUUCGAUGGUUUCAAUCAAAUUCGAGAAGGUCGCCGGGAAGCUUCUAAAGGCAACUAUAUUGAAGCCAUUGCUAAAUUUAACGAAAUAUCUCCUGUUACCUUCGAUUCACUGUAUUAUCGAGGAUGUGCCUAUCUUCAACUAGGCGGAUUUUUUCAAAUAAAGAAUGCCAUCGAAGAUUUCAACCAAGCAUUGAAGCUUUCUGAAUCAAUACCUAAGGAUGUGAACAUUUAUUACAAACGUGCUUUUGCAUGUCAACUGAUUGGUCGAUAUUCUGAAGCUAUCAUUGAUUCUUCCAUGUUCAUUGAAUACAGUCCAUCCAAUAAGCAUAAAGGAUAUCUGAGUCGCGGUCUUGUUCAUACUGAGUUACAAGAAUAUGACAAAGCACUCGAAGAUAUGCGACAGGCAAAUGAAAUGAAUCUACAAUUGGAUAUGUAUUAUAUGUAUUGUCUAGCACGAGCCCAUGCAGCUCUACACAAUACUAGUGAAGCUCAAAGAGAAUUUAAGGAACUUGCAGACUACUGUCGAAAUGAACUCAGUCAGCCGAGACAUACAUAUGAUAAUCAUUUUUAUUAUGGCAUUGCUUCGUAUGAAUUAAAUGAUUAUUCAGUUGCUUUGCAGGAAUUCAUCGAAGCAUUGAAUUAUGCAAAUAAACAACAACAAGCCAAUACGAAAUUUUAUAUUGGUCUGACUCGGUAUGCUCUUGGUACUAUUGAUGAUGCUAUCAAAGAUCUUGAAGACGUACUUAAACUGGAUGCAGAUCACAAACGGGCUCAUUUUCGACUUGGUAUGAUGAAAAGCGAGAAUGAAAACUCAUAUUCUCAAGCAUUGAGUCAUUUAACUCAAGCCCAUAAGUUGACUCCUCAAAAAUCAAGCAUAUUAUAUGAACGAGGAAACCUUCAUCACAAAAUGGGUCAACUCGAUGCAUGUGUUUACGAUAAACGAUUAGCAUUCAAAUUGGAACAAACCAAUGUUGAUCAAUCUAUCAAUGGAAAUCCUUAUGAGCUUCUGUUACAAAGAUUAUUAUCAAAAUGGAGACAAAAUGAUAUACCAAGAGAUAUAUAUCUUAUGCUUGCACUGUUACAUGACAAAGUUCAUACCUUAUCACAAGAAACAAGAAAAUUUAAUGUAUCGAAAAAAGAAUAUCAUGAAACAAUAGAAUGGUGUGAACGAGGAAUUGAUAAAGAGGUUGAAGAAAAUGGUAAUUAUUCUCCGUUCUACUUUGCUCUUCUAUGUAAUUUGCACAAUAAUCAUAAACAUGCAAAAGCCGCUAUGACUUCUCUGGAUAAUGUUUAUGAUGAUUUGGAGAAGAAUCCAGAACAUGAAGAAAAGUGGCAAAAAAUGUUGACUGAUAUUCGAGUCAAGAAAAAGGAACAUAUUCCCUUAUCUGAAAUUUUACAAGGCAUUAUAAAAGAGAUGGCUAACGGUGAUAAUACUGGCGUACAGAUUAGUGAAGAACUGAACAAUAAUAAUUUGAUGUCGAUGUUGGCCGAUAGACUGACAAUAUUGGAAAACAUUGAAAAAAAUCGAAAUCAAGUGAAAGUAGAUAGAGAACAUUUUUCCAAAGAUAGAAAUACAAAUCGACGGAUCUUCUAUGAAAAAAUGCGGGUAAUAUUGUCCCAUACUUUUACAGCAAUGUGCGUUACAACGGAAGUCGGCGGAGGACCAAUAGUUAAACACGAUCGAACAGGAGCUGAGAGUCUGAUUGCUGAUGGUGUCGGACUUGUGGAAAGUGUUUUAGGUGUUGCAUUGCCGACGGGUGGUGAAGUAGCUGGUGGUGUGGCGAGUGUCGUUAGUUCUUCUCUUCGAAACCAUGAAUAUAAAAGAUAUGAAGAAAGAAUAUCGUUAAUUACAAACGUUGGAACUGUUGAAGAGCUAAGUGAUGUAUCACGGCAAGUGGCUCGUGAACUAGCGGAUCGUUACAAAGAACAACUGUUAAGUUUGACGAUCAUUCCUCAUCAUAGAUGCCGGAUUUGUUCUUGGUGCUGUCGAUGUUUUCGAAAGGAUCAGAAAAAUCAACCUUCAACCAAUGAUAAUUCCAAAGAAGCUAAGCCGGCGGAAGAGAUUGCCAAAUUUGGUAUUGCUUCUAUUGUGAGAGCGAUUCUUCAUGGUGAUAUUGCCGAAGCAAAAGAAUAUAACUACAUAGGACCGAACGAUCUUGUUCAUAUAUUAGUGGCUGUGACAUGUCGUGCCAAGCCUGGAAAAACAUCUAAAGUGUAUAAAAAAUUGAAGUUAGAGAAAGAGGUUAUUCUCUUACAUGCACAACUUGAUGAUUCGAAGCAAGGAGAAACACCAACUGAAUGGAAUCUUCAUAGUUUUUAUCGAAAACCUGGCAUUCAACUGAUCGAUAAUACUGAAGCAACUACUCGUCUAGAAUCUUUAACUUGGAUGGAACCAGGAUUAUAUGGUUAUCGAUUAGGAACACAAAAAGAAUAUGACUAUUUAGCUAAUCUUGAUAAGGAAAAAAUUAAUAAUAAGGACAAAAAUUGCUGCUGUUGA